GUUUUUGACAAAAAGCUUCAACAGAAAGACUAAGUCAGAGACAAACACUGAGGACUCAGCAUUGUUGAAACUGUUAAAAGCAGAACACCCUCCACCUGCAAUACAAUCUCAGGAUUCAGGAUGUUGUAGUUGCCGAUUAUAGAUAUUUCCUGAAUGGAUUCGACGUCUUUAUAGAGAAGGAUGAACAACUCGAUUAAUACCUCAAACUGACUGGAAUUGACUCCCAACCAUGCGUACAGGGGACUGGCUCACAUGGAGGAACAUGUUGAAAAACAGUUGCUUUCAAACGAGGAAUUCUGUGGCUAAUUGAGGUGAAAAUGACAUGCCCAAACUGACCUCUUGACUUGACCUCUGAUAGGUCAGGGCUCAGAUUGGAAUAACCCCAAAAAUACAGACCAGUCUAAACCCCUCAACAUGUCUUUCCCGGAACACUUCACGUCCCCCUUACCCCCCAGACCAGAGGCCAAACCCCGGCCCCCCAUCUCUAGAAAAAACCCUUCCUCCAAUGGAGCCCCCUCCACCCCCUCCCAGCUCGGAGAGAUGGGCAGCACAGACCACAAUUCGGGGGGGAAAGUCAACAGCAUUGUGAGUAAGUUCAGCCACCCAGAGACUACACCAACCACCACUGGAGAUGCUAAACUAACCACCAAUCCAACUCUCCGGACCCGGGGUCCCAGGAGGGCCCCCACAGUCAAACCCAAACCGACCCGGCACUCUGUCCAGCAGUCUGGGGGUCCAGACCAGGCUCCUCCACUGCCCAUGAAUAGGAGCCGGAUCCUGCGGCAGGCCAAAAGAGAGACCCCUGGAGGAGAGGAGGGAAAUGGCAUCACAGUCAGUCGAUCAGCACCUGGUGGAAAGGAGGUAGAGCGACAGCUGAUUGGAGGAGUGGAAGCAGAGGCAGAGCACGGUUCAGACACGCCCCUUAACCCAUGCUUCGACUGGGAAUGCAGCUGUGUUUGCCACGUCCACAUGCCCGGCAUGAAGCUGGUAUGGGUGCCCAUCGAUGAGGAAGAGAAAGAAGAUGAAAAGGAGGAGGAGGUUAAGCUGGAAAGGGAGGAGGAAGAGAGUGGAGGGGAGGGGACCUCCUUGGCCAUAAAACGCCCCCCCACCCCCCCUAAACAGACCCAAUCUUUCCCAAGCCAUUUUAAAGCUUCCAUAGAGGAGGAGGAAGAGUCUAUAUAUGAAACUACUCUACUAAUGGUGGAUCCAACACCUAGAAAGAUCUGUCAAGAACUGGACAUUCCCCUUAUCAAGGUUCAGAAACCUGUCCAUUGGUCAAAACUGUCCUCCAGCAACUCGGAGGACAACACUUCGGUCCAGUCCGAGUCGGACCCAUCCCAAACCCAGACUACUGAGGAUGCCUCCGUGGCUAUCCCACCUCGGGUAUCUCUCGCCCAGGACAAGUCCAAAACACCCGGCCACAACCUCAUGCCCAUUCCCAGGGGGGGUAUCGCCUUGCCCCAGCCCACCGCGGAGGAAUGGCGCUCCCUGCGCCCCUCACCCCCCAAUCCUUCCGCCAGUCCCAUAGUACUCCACCGGGCGGGCAACAGAGUCCCUCCACCUCAGCCCCCCAAGACAGGCAUCUCCGUCCAUUCCGUCAAGCAAGCUAUAAAAGAACACGAGGAGGAUGGAAGCGCUGAAGGAGAGGAGAAGGACACAGAAGAAGACAGUGCCCCUCUCGGGACAGGAUGCUUUAUUGGCUGGGAGUCCAGACAGCUGGAUGUGCCUCUGUACCAAACGUACCGUGCUACCGUCAUCCACAAGGAGAUCCGGCGCCAGACGGUGUGCCGCAACACCAGCAAGGCCAGUGCUGACUACCACAUGGACUGGCCUGCACGCCGGGGUGGAGUGGGCAUGGGGGCAGCCGGCGUGGGGGCGGUGGGCAAUGGCAAUGGGGCACCCAGUGCCACUAUUCCAUUGCCCACCCUGGGCCAGAGCACCCUGUGGCAGGACCGACCAGAAGUACGGAAAAGUGGGGUGCUGGAGACCCUCAGCCCUGCACAGUGCAAGUACCAGGAGAGUAUGUUUGAGGUGUUGACAUCGGAAGCGUCGUACGUGCGUUCCCUACGCGUUCUCAAUGAACACUUCCUGGAAUCCCGGGAGCUGGAGGAGGUGCUGAUCAUCCGGGACAGGAAGACUCUCUUCUCCAAUGUCCUGCGAGUCCUGGAGGUCAGCGAGAGUUUUCUGAUGGCCCUAGAGAACCGUAAGAAAGAGAGUCUGGUGUUCUCCGACAUCUGUGACAUCAUCCAUUUCCAUGCUCAGCACAACUUCCCGGUCUACAUCGACUACGUCCGCAACCAAAUCUACCAGGGGAAGACUUACACCUCCCUCAUGAAAACCAAUGUGGACUUUGCCACCGUCAUCACCCGUCUGCAGGAGUCUCCUCAGUGCCAGAGGCUGCCAUUCAUGUCCUUCCUGCUGCUGCCCUUCCAGCGAAUCACACGCAUCAAGAUACUCGUUGAGAACAUCCUGAAGAGAACACAUUUGGGGACGAAAGAAGAGCAGACUGCCUCCAACGCCUUGGACUCUGUUUCUAAGAUCAUAGAGGAGUGCAACACCCAGGUGGGAAAGAUGAAACAGGUGGAAGAGCUGAUCCACCUCUCCAAGACGCUGGAGUUUGACAAGCUCAAGGCCAUCCCCAUCAUUUCCCAAACCCGUGUCUUGGAGAAGCGUGGGGAGUUACAGGAGAUGGCCAAAGGGAGCACCCUUUUCAACCUGGGUCACAAGUUCACCCCCGUCUACCUCUUCCUCUUCAACGACCUGCUCAUCAUCGCCACCAAGAAGGGUUCGGAGCGUUUUGUGGUGUUGGACCACGCCCACCGCACCCUGGUCCAGGUUCAGCCAAUAGGAGACGACCAGGUCUCCAACCCUAGCUAUGAACACUGCUUCUGUCUGACUCUACUGGAGAACCACCAGGGACGCAUGAUGGAGAGACUGAUGAAGGCCCCUUCACAGUCUGACCUGCACCGGUGGAUAGCAGCGUUCCCUGACCCCAUGAAACCUGAUGGGGACAAGGAGGAGGUUGUCUAUGAGGACUGGGACUGUCCUCAGGUGCAGUGUGUGGAGCAGUAUGUUGCUCAGCAGGCUGAUGAGCUCAACCUAGAAGCCACUGAGAUCAUCAACGUGGUGCGCAAGACCAACGAGGGUUGGUACGAGGGGAUCCGUCUCUCCAACGGACAGAAGGGUUGGUUUCCUGUGGAGAACGCUGUAGAGAUCACCAACGAGCAUGUGAGGCGGCGGAACCUUCGAGAACGCUAUCGGGUCAUUCAGGCCGCCAGCAUUGUCACCAACAACAUGACCAAGACUACCCUGUAAUGUUGACGGGAACAUCAGGAGAACAUCGACAGACACGCCGCAGAAUGUCAGUUGAACGUUUACAUAACGUCACUAGAACGUUGCUGGAAUAUUCAACUGGAUAGGGGAGAGUGAACCAGUGCUUGCUAUGCAUACUCCCCUGAAGAACUCUUAGCUGGAGACAUAAGGAGCAUUUGGAGGAGCUCUAUCUUAUCAAAUUGUUUGACUGGCAUGUUUUGUUUUGUUCAAAUUAGUCAUUUGAUGAAGUUAUGGGCUAGGGUUUCUUUAGGGAACUUUUAAGAACCAGGAAAUGAUAUGUAGUCUUACAGGAGGAAAAGGAUGAGAAACUUCUUCUGAACCUAGUAUACCUGUCCCUGUAAAGUUUGCUUAAUGUUGAGAGUGUGUGUGUGUGUGUGUGUGUGUGUGUGUGUGUUUGAACUUGCACCUAACCCCACACUGCCAAAGGAAAGCCCCAAUUGUGAGUCAGGUAUACCAUGGCAGCAGGUAGCCUAGUGGUUAGAGCAUUUCACUGAACCUAUCUGGUGUAUGUGACAGUAAAAAACUACAUAUAUCAUCAGGUUGGUGGCUAAAAAUGUCUUCAUUAUGUAACACACUGCCAACAGACAAUGAUUAACCUACAGUAGUCAUCACAGGAAUGCAUUGACAGCCCAUAAUGCUCACAAACACACAGUCAGUCACAUACUCCAGUUAACACCAACAUACCUGAGAUACAUACGGGCAGACGAGGAGAACCGGUACAGUAUUUUCCCUCAGACAUAAGUACACAAUUUUUUUUUUUUACAUAUUUUUUUGUGUGUGUGUGUGUGUGUGUGUGUGUGUGUGUGUGUGUGUGUGUGUGUGUGUGUGUGUGUGUGUGUGUGUGUGUGUGUGUGUGUGUGUGUGUGUGCGCCCUACUGCUGCGGUUUCGUAAUCACUACAGGAUUGAAUACAUUUGACCGUCAUUAGACGGUAGAGUCGCAAUAUCGGUAACAUAGAGCCGAAACAUCUAGUUGAAUCCAACUCUAGUAUUAUGAUACCAUAUGUGUAUUAAUUCUACAGCAGGCCUUAUAGGUGUAAACUCUGUGGUAAUGCCAGGGCUUUUCUCAGUUUUAUUUUACAAUUUGUAUGAUGUUAAAUAUUAGCCACUAUCGGGAGACACCCGUCUGUACAUACAUUUAUAUCUGUCACUUUAGUGUUCGCUUUCCUUCAAUUUGUAGCCUAUUGAUUCCUUCCAUUCCAUUUACCAUUCUUUCCUCUGUUAUGUCCAUGUAGUUGUUCCUGAGGGUGGCAUUAGUGGAUCAUAUAGACCCUUUUCCCCCCCGGAUGCACAUGACUCUUGGUGGCAGUAAGAAAGCCAUCACCAUCUGCGCUCAUUCAACAUAGCCUAGAUUGAAGGUUUUAUUACUUCUUAACAAAAUAUAAGUUCUCAUAUGCUUACAAUGAUGUUCUGAUUCUUGCUUGAACAGUAGCUAGGGUUGAAUGCUAACGCUCAUUGUUAUAGGCUGUAGCAAAAAUAUAGCCAAAGAACCAUUUUACUGGGGGGGGGUCUCAGCUCCCCUAAAUGCAACAUAAGUCAAACUUGGAGAGGGAGGUCUCUAAAUAAUGCUAAUUUCACCAUGUUUCUGUUUGUUUAAAAUGUAGUGGUGAAUAUGUUUUACAGUGUUAAAUGUAAACAAUAAAAGCUUCCAUAUCAAACAUUCA